AUGUCAGUUAAAACUCAAGCACCAACAUGUUUAUGGGCACAACGUUCAAGUGAUUCAGAAGCAUCAAAGAAUGUCAUAUAUUUAACAAUUGAAAUAUCAGAUCCAAAAGAUUUACAAAUAGAUUUAAAACCAACAACAUUAAAAGUAACAGCAGAUUCAUCAGAUAAUAAAAUUCAUUAUGAUUUAAAUUUAGAUUUUUUCAAAGAAAUUAAUGUUGAAGAAUCAAAAAUAAAUACAGAAAAUGGUCAACAUAUAUUUAUGGUAUUAAGAAAAGCAGAAUUACAAGAAGAAUUCUGGCCAAGAUUAACAAAAGAAAAAUUAAAAUAUCAUUAUAUCAAAACAGAUUUUGAUAAAUGGGUUGAUGAAGAUGAACAAAAUGAAAUAAAUGAUGAUCAAGAUGAUAUGAUGGCUGGUAUGCAAGGUAUGGGUGGUGGAAUGCCAGGCAUGGGAGGAAUGGGAGGUAUGCCAGGUAUGGGCGGUAUGCCAGGUAUGGGAGGUGCUGGUGGACCAGGUGGUAUGGAUUUUUCACAAUUAUUAAGUCAAAUGGGUGGUGCAGGUGCAGGUGGUCAACCAGAUUUAAGUGCAUUAGCUAGCCAAUUGGGAGCUGCAGGUGGUGCUGGAGGUGCAGGUGGGAUUGAUUUAAGUGCAUUAGGAGGAUUAGGAGGUGGUGCUGGUGGUGAUGAUGAAAAUGAAGAUGGUGAGCAAUUAGAAGAAGUUGAACAAAUUCCUGAAGAUGAUGAAGAAACCAAAUGA